ACGCGACUUGGUUCUUUAUUAUCCUGGACACAUUUUCCCUUAGAAAUUUGAUGAUAAAUUGUCAGUGCAUCAUUUUGCGACAAAAGAAACUCCUCCUCCUCCUCCUCCUUCCAGAAAGAACAGACAGCCAGAUGGUUCAUAAAAAGAAGAAAAACAAACAACAAUACAGGAAGAAAAAAAAAACCAGCUGCGAUACUCGGAAGCAUGCGCUAUGGGAAGAGAGACGUGGGGGGGAGGGCAAAGGUGGUCGUAAAAGAGGAUGGCUCCUCAGAAAUGAAGACAAGACACAUAAAAAAGAAUCAUACAACAGCUAUUUACAAUGAUCCAAACAGACAGAUAAACUAUACAUGACAGCAAAGAAAAGGAAAAAGAAAAAGAAGAUAUACAGAAAAAAAAAAAAGAAAUGUACCGCGUCUGCCCCCUCUCAGCAGCGCUCAACCUCCUCAGAGCUCAGGCACAGGUGAUCGAUCGCCAUUAGCUCACGCACAGACCCACGUCUCAUCGUCAGAUACGACGCGCUCGGGCCUGUCGCAGGACCCAACAUUCUCCUGUUGUGAGCAUAUCCCUCGCUGCUCUGAGCGCCCCUGUCCUCGUCCAUCCACAUCCCCUCCUCCUCCUCCUCAUUCUCAUCACCAUCAUCAUCAUCAUCAUUAUCAUCCUGCUCUGCCGAAGUCGGGUCCGACAAAACCGAAAAGUCGACCGAAUAUCGCUUUUUAGCUCUG